ACAUGGAGCGAACAAGUAGUAUUAGGAAAAAAACCUUGGCAAGACAGCACAAAGCAGAGGUUAUGAUUGCUGGAGAACAACUUAGACUUAAACUUCAUGAUGGGAAGCUGAUCAAGGAGCGGCGGUACCACCUGAGAACAUACCCCAACUGUUUUUUGGGACAGGAGCUAAUAGAUUGGUUGUUAAGCCAUAAAGAGGCUCCAGACCGGACAACAGCAGUGUGCCUUAUGCAGCAUCUCAUGGAUCAUGACAUUGUGCACCAUGUGUGUGAUAAGUAUUCAAUAUUUAAAGAUGCAAAACGACUCUAUCGAUUCAGAAAAGAUGAUGGUACAUUUCCCUUCAACACUGAAGUAAAAAUCUUCAUGAGAGGACAACAACUGUAUGAACAGCUGAUAGGGGACAAGAACUCAAUCCUGCAGCUAAGAGAGGAACAUGGUGUAACUUAUCAGCGAGCAUUUCCAGGAUGUCAGUUCAUAGACUGGAUUAUUCAGAAUGGGGAGGCAGAGAGCAGGCGUCGUGGGCUGGACCUCUGCCGGGCAUUGCAGGAACAUGGCAUCAUUCAGCAUGUGUCAAAAAAACAUGAUUUUUUUGACAGUGGAUUGCUUUAUCAGUUCUGCAUAAAUUUUCGUCGGCGUCGCAGACUAUCUGAACUAUUAAAUGACACUGAGCAAAACAAUGAAGAAGGAGGAGUGCUGUGUAAAGAAGAAAACCACCAUCAAGACAGCCCAUUUCUUGUCUGUAAACACUCACUUCAUGAUGAACACAGUGGCUUCCAGUCUGUGGGGCUUCGUAAGGAAAUAAAAUCAGUCACCAGUGGUCGCAGAGGAAGCUUGAACUCACUUAAGAUACGAUCAGAUUUUCCUUCUUUCACCCCACUGUCUUCAAUCUCUACAGUCCAGUGUAACCCAAAAUCAGUUCUGUCUCGAAAUUUCACAUGUGAAGAGUUACUGGCACCUGGUGCACCAUUCAUCAAGAAAGUGUUGACGGUGAUUGGAGAUGCUCUGGGCUGGGGCUUUGUUGUCAGGGGCACUGCUCCUUGCUAUGUACAAGCUGUGGACCCAGGAAGUCCAGCUGCAGCUGCAGGGAUCAAGGUCCGCCAGUUUGUGUGCCAGGUUAAUGGACAGUUUGUGCUGUACAUGGACUACAGAACAGUGACAAAGCUCGUGAUGACAGGAACUCGCACUGUUGUAGUAGAAGUUAUGGAGCCUCUGGAAGAAUAGAAAAUAACUU